UCUAUUCCGACGCUGGCGGAUGCGCGUGCAGGCGCUGCGGUUGUUGUGGGAGAAGCGGCUCCGCUUCAUUCAAACAGGCGGAGGGAGCGCCGGCCUGAAAGAGUGUGUUGAAGUGCUAGAGUGAGGAUGCUGCAGGCUUUGCAAUUUGGGUAUGCGUGGAAAAGAUCAGAGGCUUUCUGGGAACUGUGAAAAGGAUUCCAAGGAUUGUAGCAUUAAUUAACUGCACCACAAACUAAUCCAGAACAUCAGUGCUUUGAGAGUGUUGACCAUAUGCAGUUCAGUAAUGUUGUAAUAACGCUUGAACUGUUUAAACUGCAUCAUCAGUUUCUAAAAUUAGAACAGAAUAAAACAGCCCUUUAAAUUGCCUCAAUUCAGAGGAUACAAAAGACAAAGAAAUACUGUAAACACCACACAUCUCUCAUUGUGGCUAAAUUGAGCAACUGUCAUUGAAGCCGGGGUCAGUGAUUAUCAACUCUUCAAACCAAAGGAAAACUGAAAACAUCAUCCAUCUCCCAUUGAGAUUCAAUUAAACAUCCCAUUGUUUCAAUCAGGGGUAGUGGCUAUUCAAAAUUUCACACCAAAGAAAAGCUUCUGUGAGGGUGAUUUUGAAGAAAAAAAGACAGUGAAUUUUGACGUUGUGUUUGGGCUGCUUAUCAAGCCUGUGGUGGAGUGACAAACAGGCCAUUAUUAAACCAUCACCAAGGAAACCACAGCUGUGCAACAUUACGCAGAGAGAACGCAGGAGGCAUCCUGAGAAUAUUUCAUUUCAAGAACUAACUCAAGCUCACCAUUAAUAUUUCUGACUUGUUUAAAGUUUGAAGAAAUCAAAGCUUCAAUAUAUUCUUCCAAAAUCCAAUUUCUCAUGUGUUAAGUUGAAGCAAUGGGGAAGUCCAACAGCAAGCUGAAACCAGACGUUGUGGAGGAGCUGACAAGGAAAACCUACUUUACUGAAAAAGAAGUCCAACAGUGGUACAAAGGUUUCAUUAAAGACUGCCCCAGUGGACAGCUUGAUGCAGCAGGCUUUCAGAAAAUCUACAAACAAUUCUUUCCCUGUGGAGAUCCAACCAAGUUUGCUACAUUUGUCUUCAAUGUCUUUGAUGAAAAUAAAGAUGGAAAAAUUGAGUUCUCUGAAUUUAUCCAAGCACUGUCAGUAACUUCAAGAGGGACUCUGGAUGAGAAACUACGAUGGGCUUUUAAGUUGUAUGACCUAGAUAAUGACGGCUACAUCACCAGGAAUGAGAUGCUGGAUAUUGUGGAUGCUAUUUAUCAGAUGGUGGGUAAUACAGUGGAACUCCCUGAAGAGGAGAACACACCAGAGAAACGGGUGGAUAGGAUUUUUGCCAUGAUGGACAAGAAUGCUGAUGGGAAAUUGACACUACAGGAGUUUCAAGAGGGAUCAAAAGCAGACCCAUCCAUCGUCCAAGCGCUUUCUCUAUAUGAUGGUCUAGUAUAGUUCCUGUUAUCUCCCUUGUGCCAUGAUGUCCAGGGAUGAACCAUUUUGGUGCCAUUUUAACGGUUCUGUGCAGAAACUCGAUGGUCCAGCAGUCGCUCACCUUCACCCAGAUGUGAACAGGAGUGCACGGGUGUGUGCAAGCUGAGCUCUUUUGCUUGUCUCCAUUUGCCAAUCUCAGCUUAAGAACCCAAAAUGUUGUUUUUACACUUGAGAACUCUGCAGUAGACACACACCUUGUUUUUUUGGAAAGACUUGAUUGAAAGGAGCAUUGAUAUUUGCCUUUUUGUACAAUUUUAGACUGAAUUAAAUUGCUCUAUCUGUAAGUUAUUUUUGUUUGGCUGCACUGGCUGCCUCAAUUAAUGUUUUAAAUGAACAAAAAAGAAAUUGCUGGCCUUGUAUUGUCAGAAAAUGAUAGCAGCGGAGUACUGCAAAGUGACAGUUUUAUGUGUGUUUUGUGCUUUAAGUGAAAUGUGUUUUAUCAUGUUUAUUAUUUAUUUAAUUGUGAAAUUGCAUUGUAUUCUUGUGUUAUCUUUUAUUUUGUUGCAAAGAGGUUAGUUUUCAAACCUGUACUUGUACCUAUCACCAAUUAAAUCAAAAUUGUAGGAAUUGUGAAUAUCAAACUGUUGUAUCAUAACUGAGCUAAUGUCCUGUCAUUACAAAUGUUUGAGUUAUGAAAGUUCCUUUAUUUAAUAUCUUCUCAAACACCGUUUAACUGAAGACAAUGUACAAUUUUGAAUGCAUUAUAGGCCAAUAAUACAACAAAAGAUUCUGGUGCGCACACAAAUCCAGGAUAAAGGCUGUUGUCUAACCUUGAGCCCUUGGAAUACACACAUGUCUGUUUUUUCUUUAAUCUGCUCUAUACAGUUUAGGUCCUCAUCAGUUGUAAUAUUUUAGAUUAUGAAAUUGUAAAUUAAUGUUUCUUUUGAUCAGCCGGGAAAUGACUUGAAAUGGGUUGACCAUGGUUCAAUACUGAUGGCACGUAACAUAAUCAUGGUUAUUUUUACUGGAAGGAGAUUGUAGUUUGGUCUGAACUGCAUUGAUUUUGUGGUUUUAUUUCCUCAGUUUCAGAAUUAAUUUGAGUUGGUAUCUUAAUGAGUGGCACAGUACAUGCACACAGUGUUAUUUGCACGUCAGGACUUGUCAGUCACAGCCAUGGCUAAACUCCUUUGGCCAUAAUGUGUUUUUGCUCGUUCUUAAAUUUAGAAGGAAAUAUAUUUUUCCCUAGUUUGUGAACUAAUGGAAGUCUUCUGGAUAUCAAUGGGUUGGACAGUAAGGAAAUACUAUGUACUGACAAUGUGUGCAGUUUACAAGAAUCUAGUUUUUUAAAAAAAGGGAGUAACAACUUACGGUGCGCAUUAAAAGUCCUGAGUUGGAUAUAACUGAUCUGUAUUAAAUAUGUGAAGUGCAUAUCAGGAUAGAUUUAUUGGUCCUUUCAAAAUUCUGAGUUUUCUAAAACUGACACUUGUAUUGUAAGCCCUUCAGGGUACAUCGUUUUGUUUUGAAAUUGUUUUGUUACCCUUUGGUUUUCUUUAUUACAUUUAAUGUUUGUUUUAAAAUUAAGAAAUAUAAAUGAGAUUAUAACUGCUGCACGAAGUGAUAUUUUGUAGUUUUCAAUGCAGUGUUGUUAUAUUUUUGAUAUUUUUAAAUUGCUUUGCUUAACGAUACAUUGUUUGAUUCCAUGCUGCGAUGCUAAUUAUUCACUCAACGCACAAUUGCAAAUAGCUAUACUCCAGAUAACUCAAGUUCUAAAAUGCAACUAACAGUCACCACCAUAUGUCAUGCACACUAAAGUUUGGCAGGCCCAGAGGAAACAUUUCAGAAGUGGUUUAGUGACAUCUCUUGCUGGACACCCUCUUCCCUGUCCUCCCCUCCUUGCUACUUUCCCAACACUAGCCACUGAGCACUUUUUGCCAUAGUUUUUCCAGUUCUAUCUCAAUUACUCCCAUUUUAAUUUUAAUUUUUCAAAUGAUCUAUUUUCGUAUUUUUGUUGCUCCUUUUCUUUGUCAUUUUGAAGGGUUUACUUGAAUUUUGUUUUUUUUCUAGAGAUCAUGUUUUCAAAAUUAGCCAUUGUUAUUCCCAUUUUCUAUGGCACACAUCUGUGUCUUGUCUGAACCUUCUCAAUAACUUUCUGCUUUAUUACUUGCUAUAUAAAAUUGCUCUGCAUGUUCAACAAAUGCUGCAUGUGUCGAAGAAAUUGUAAUUCAAAGCAACGCAUGCAAAUACAAUACUACAAACUCAUUUCAGUUUGAAGUGGCAAAGGCUGUCGGUAUAUCUCUUCAUGGGGAUCCACUGAGUUUGUCUUGAUUUUGCUGUGAUCAGUUGUGAUGUCUUGUUUAGUUGGAAUCGUAUUUAAACUACCAAGGUAACUGGGAUCAUUAUUCAGUAGCUUCAUCAAAAUGAAACCACUCUGAGCAGUGCUGACAUUUGUUUCCUUGGUGUGUAUAUUUUCAUAAAAUCAAAGAACAUUUGUGGCCCAGAAGGAAGUCAUUUAACCCAUCAUGGGUCUAUUGUGUUUGUCAUUUAUACAAACAAUUUGAAUGAGUAUAUGGGAAGCAUGGGUUGGUAAGUUUCGGGAUGACACCAAAAUUGGUGCAGUAGAUAGUGAUAAAGGUUAUCUAGGUUACAAAGGGAUCUUAAUCAAUUGGGCCACGCUGUGGCAGCUGAAGUUUAAUUUAGAUGAUUGUGAAGUGUUGCAUUGUGAUAAGAUGAACAAGAGUAGGAUUUACACAGUUAAUGAUAGAGCCAUGCAGAAUCGUAAAACAGAGACACCUAGGGGUUCAGGCACCUACUUCAUUGAAACUUGCAUCACAGGUUGAAGGUAAAGAAGGCAUUUGCCACACUUACCCUCAUUGCACAGAUCAUUUGAGCAUAGGUGAGAAAAGAAAGAAUUAAAAGGGACAUGAGGGGCAACUUUUUUUUCACCCGGAGGGUGGUUCAUAUGUGGAAAGAACUGUCAGAGGAAGUGGUAGAUGUAGAUACAUUUAAAAGACAUUUGUAUAAUGUCAUAUAGCAUUUGUAUGGGAUAUUGGUGGGGCCACUUUCAGAGUGCUGUGUCCUGCUAAUAGGAAGGAUAUUAUUAAAUUGGACAGGGCGCAGAAAAGAUUUACAAGGAUGGUAAUGGGAUGUUAUCUUAAAAUUCAUAUAAUUUUAAGGUAAGUGGAGAAAGAUUGAAAAGGGACCUGAGGAACACCUUUUUCACACAGAGGGUGGUUCAUAUGUGAAAUGAACUGCGAAGGAAGUGGUAGAUACAAGUACAGUUAGAACAUUUAAAAGGCAUUUGAACAGUCAUGUAAAUAGGAAAGGUUAAAGGGAUAUGGGCUAAAUGCAGCAAAUGAUAUUAAUUUAGUUUGGGAAACUUGGUCGGGUGUAUGAAUUGGACUGAAAGGUCUGUUUCCAUGCUGUAUGACUCCAUGUCUGCAUUGGAUGAGAAACAAGCUGCAGCAUUUCGUCCAUCGUGCUAAGGGUUACAGCACUUGAGGUGCAUAUCCAGAUACUUUUCCAUCAGAUGCGCACUAUGCUAAUUUAUUAACAAGUUAUUUGUAUAUAUGAAAAGUGCAUUCAUCUCAAGGUACGUUUAGAAGCUGUUCGGCAAAUCACUGAAUAUGGUCAUGGGUUCCACUGUACCUGCUUGCAUCUUUAUGACACUUCUUAAACAACCUUUUAACCUGCUUUAGUUCUCCCAUUAAGAAAAGUUUAAGGGAUUCUCCAGAAUUGUUAUAAAGUCAUAGUCAUACAGCACAGAAACAGACCCUUCAGUCCAACUCAUCCAUGCCAACCAUGAAUCACAAACUAAACUAGUUUCACUUGCCUGUGUUUCACCCAUGACCCCCUAAACCUUUCCUAUUCAUGUACCUAUCUAAGUAUCUUUUAAAUGUCGUAACUGUGCCUGCAGCUAGCACUUCCUCUGGCAUUUCAUUCCUUUGUGGAAAAAGAUGCCCCUCAGGUCCCUUUUAAAUCUUCUCCUCUCACCUAUAAAUUUGCCCCCUAGUUUUGAACUCCCCCACCCUAGAGAAAAGGCCUUUGCUAUUCAUCUUGUGUCUGCCGUUCAUGAUUUUAUUAACCUCCUACGCUCUAGUGAAAAAAGUCCCAGCCUAUCCAGCCUCUCCUUAUAACUGAAACCCUCCAGUCCCAGCAACAUCUGGCAAAUCUUUUCUGAACACUCUCCAGUUUAAUAAUAUCCUUCCUGCAGGGCGACCCCAACUGUAAAAGUACUCCAGAAAUGACCUCACCAAGAUCCUCUGAAACCUCAAAAUAAUGUCCCAAAUCCUGUACACAAUAGUCUGAGCAAUGUAGGCAAGUGCUAAAUGCCAACGUAACUAUCUUUGAACUGUAAAGUGAGUUUGAAUCACUUGUUUGUCCCAAAGUCAAUUUUCAUUCAUAAACUAGUUUUCACCUUGCUUUUCUGACUUACAGCAAAGCAGACUGCAAUCAGAUAGUAGCAGUUAAGAAUAAUAUUUACAUGAAUAGUUUCCAUUAUGGAUACUAGGGCUGUUUUGGUCUUCUCAUUUAAUGACAAAUCUCAAGAGUUCCAAUUAUUACGCAGUUUCAAGUGCAUUACUGAGUUUGAGCAUGUAAAUUGGCUUUUGGUGCACGAUGUAAGGGAAUCUACCUGAUUUUUUUUCAGUUGUUAAAAGGCGUAGAGAACAGGUUGAGCUCCUUUUUCAGAGAACUAUUCCUUCCAGCUAAUGCACCAAUGUCUACUGCACCUGACCAAUCUAAUCUAUCCUAGCACAGUGGCAAAAUCUCCCAUCUGAUUUCCUAAUUUUUUAAAUAAAAUUAAAAUACAUGUGUAUGUGAUUAUCACAUGUUUAGAUAAUGUAGACAAAGUAAAGAUAAUGGUACAAGACAAAGGACAUAGGUUUCAAAUAUUAUAUCAGGGGCACAUGGGAAAUGUGAAGAAAUAUUUUAAGCAGUAAAUGGUAAUAACCUGAAACUUCCUGUUUGAGGCAGUAGAAGUGGGAAUAAUCUGUGAUUUCAGAAAAAAACUGGAUGAGUACCUAAUGGAAAUAAACAUGCAAUGCAACUGAGAUAAGUAGAUGGGACUGAUAGGCUGCUAAGUAGAGAGCUGGCACGAAUUUGAGCUGCUGCUCUAACUUGGUGACAGUCAUCAAGAUAAAUCUUCAUUCAGCAGUAAGCAAACAGAUGCGUUUAGAUCAGAGAAAAUUUGAGAUUGAUCCAUGCAGUUAGUGAUUGAAGCAGCUGACCAAUUUUUGCUCAAACCAAUAUUUUGGUUAUAUACAGCUUUUUGUACUUUGUAAUCUUCCGCUCAUACACUGCAUGAUGACAAUUAAUAAGACGAGCUGUUAUGUUGAUGUUCAAAAUCAAAGUCAGAGAGGUUGGAGGCUCAAAAUCAAAGUCAGAGAAAGAAUACUUUUGCUGUGGUGAUUUUCUCAGCAGAGACUUUAACAUGAGGACAUUUGGCAUGAAUAAUUGAUAAACUGCUGUCACUUGCAAGUCUUUUUGUGCUUUUCCCCCAUUACCAUGAGUUAGUUGUCCAGUACGUUCCAAACUCCCUGGCUUUUAGUGUCUAUUGCUGCUUAUUGAACUGCAUUUUGAGAGUUGAUAAGUACACUUGGGCUUGAUUUCUGAAAUCUCCUUCCAUGUAAUUCUGCCAUAUUUUGUUUUACUUUUCUUGUGUGCACCGCCAGUUGUGGCAGCAGCAAAAGAACAGUAAGUUUAACUUUUUCUUUUACCAGCUACACGUAUGUUUAGUAUGUGUGUGUUUAAAGAAACCUCCUUUAAAUUCUGAAAUAAGAAGUGAAAAUGCUGGAGAACACCAUCUUCACAGAUGCUGCCAAACCUGCUGAGUUGCUCCAGCAUUUUCUAUUUUAAUUUCAGAUUUCCAGCAUCUGCAGCAUUUAGCUCUUGCCAUUAAAACUCUGGAUUUACAGUAUUUAGAUAGCAUCGAGUUAAAUUUUUCAACUUGGAUGUAAAUUUAACUGGCAGGACCUCAUCUUGAAUACUGAUGUGUGACACUGACAGAUUAACUAAGCACGUUGUAUGGGGUACACUACUUCUUCAUUUGUUAACUGGAUAAUUGUCAAAUAUCAGCUGUGCUACCAUUUAUCUCCUGUUCCAGCCUUUGCGUACAUAACCUUUUUGUUACAGUAUGGUUAGAGCUUAAGGAUAUGUGUAGAAUUUUCCUAUUUACUUUCAGAAGAAAAAUAUCUAUUGAUUUGCAACAGCUUCUUCUCUGGCAGCUGAACUGGGUAGUCUCACUUGAUUAGAAUACAUUGAUCUUACGUACAUGCUAAUAACAUUGUUAAUUAUUAAUUGCAAUAAACCUGGAAGACACUAAAUAAAUGGAAGGUCACAUUUAUUAACAGUUAAAUGGUUUGUUGUGGUGUAGUAUUAAGCCACUCAGACUAAAAAUCCCAGAUUUGAUCUUGUUUUGUGCUCAAAUGGCAUUUUUGAAAUGGGCCUGCAUUUUAGGUUACAUGAGCCCAGAAGGGAUUUUACUCUUUAUUGUAUUCAGUCUGCUUAUGGAGAGGUUGUCCCUUGGAUGAUGUCUGUGAUUGAACGACUCAUUGGCAGUUAUGAAGAGUGACUAUUUAACCAUGAUCAUAGAAGGCAAAUAAUACUUGGUGAGCUCUACCGCACUUAAGAGUUCGUUUAUUAAAAAGGAGUGCAAAAAAUGCUUCAAAAAUUGUACGUAAGUGUGCGUUCACAUUUCUUUGAAAAACACUUUUGCCCUGUUUUGUCCUAGGAAGACAUCUACGUACACUUGUACAUUUCUGCUUCUUGGUCACGUCGUGAGCCAAACCAAUUGAGAGUGUGGUGCCACAGACUAAAUGCAACCCAGAAUCUAUCAACAUUAACAUUGCCUGGUUCUAUUUGUCUGAUUUGAUUGCAUGUCCCACUUAUGUCUUACAUGUUUCAGCUCUGAAUUUCUGUGAGCAAUGUAUUGCAUGUGAUAUGUGAAGCACUGAAUAUGCAGCAAUAUUUGAUCAGAAUAAGGUCAAUAAAAUCUUGGAGGAGUGAUCAUUAA